GUUUGCAAAAUUGCUCUCUGAUAAGAAGAAACUCCGAGCAAACAAAGCGUCUUUUUAAUUCAAGGUCUCGAGUUGUGUUAGUAACCUUACUAUGCUAAAUAAUAAGCGCUUGCAAUAUUUAUGAUUGCGCGCAUUUAAGUAUUUCAACCUCAAAAAUAAAGGAGGAGUUUGAGGGAUAAAUUUCAAUAGAAAUGUCUCUCUAUGUAAUGUAUGUUUGGAUUAUGUAACCUUUUGGUUGUGUUAAAUGUUUAAAUAAAUUAUCGUAAUUUUGUGUUUUG